CAGGAUCUGCAUAAUUUCUCUCUGGAAACUGUCUUACCCAAACAGAAGGAUGAUUUUCUUCUGAAUAAGGACGUGAGUGGAUGAACCAUAUUUCUGCAUGUCUGGCUUCAAGAUUCUCAAAUCAAUUGUGUACAGAGAAGAAAAGAAAAAAAAAACAGAAUGGCUAUAAUUUAAAACUAUCAACUACACAUAAAAGCAAAAUGAGUAAAAGAGAGAUCAGUGUGUGUCAACAAACUUGGGCCUUGUUAAACAAGAACAUCCUUAAUAAAUGGAGAAUGAAAAGAGAAUCUUUACUGGAGUGGUUAAGCGCAUUGGCUCUGCUGCUUUUUUUGCUCCUAAAUCCUAAUGGCCAUGAGCUUGUUGAUCUUUCUUCAAUGCCUACGAUAGACCUGGGACGAAUUGAUUCAUUUAACUCAAGUGAAUUUGCGCUUGUGUACACACCUGUCACCAAUACGACUGAACAGAUAAUGAAGAAGGUGUCCUCAGUCUCCUUCAUGAAAGAUAAAGAAGUCUUUGGAGUAUCUGAUGAAGAAAAGAUCCAAGAAUUAACAGAUUAUCGUUUGGAAAUAAUCAGAGUCAUCUUUACUAAUACAUUCUCAUAUCAUUUGAAAUUCUUGCUGAGAGAGUGGAUCCCAACCCACAAGGAAAUCAGAGACCAUACAGCUCAUUGUUACAGCACUAGUGAAGAUGUCUGGUGUGACAAUACAAUGUUCUGGAAGAAAGGGUUUGUAGCUCUUCAAGCUGCCAUCAAUGCUGCUAUUAUAGAAAUCACAACGAAUCACUCUGUGACAGAGCAACUGAUGUCAGUUACUGGAAAAAACAUGAAGAUACACCCUUUUGUCAAUCAAGAAGGAAUUUCAACUGAUCUGCACAUUUUCUUCUGCAUUAUUUCCUUCUCCUCAUUCACUUACUAUGCAUCUAUUAGUGUUACAAGAGAGAGAAAAAGGAUGAAGGGCAUGAUGACAGUGAUGGGUCUCCAGGACUCAGCGUUCUGGCUCUCCUGGGGGCUGCUUUAUGCCGGCUUCAUCUUCGUGAUGGCUCUCUGCUUGGCACUGGUUUUAAAAUAUGUUGAUUUUAUCAUUCUGACUGGCUUCACAACAGUCUUCACUCUCUUUCUCCUCUAUGGAUUAUCUUUGAUAGCUUUAUCUUUUCUAAUGAGCGUACUGGUAAAGAAAGUUUACCUCACCGGUCUGGCUGUGUUCCUUCUUACUGUCUUUUGGGGGAGUCUGGGGUUCCUGGCAUUGUAUAGACACCUUCCUGCAUCAUUGGAGUGGACUUUGAGUUUGUUUAGUCCUUUUGCCUUCACGCUUGGAAUGACCCAGCUUUUACAUAUGGACCAUGAUAUGAAUUCUAAUGCGUACCCUCUUCCACUGAACAAUUCAAACAUAAUAAUAGCAACAAAUUUCAUGUUGGCGUUGGAUAGCUUCCUUUACCUGGCAUUAACAAUUUAUUUUGAAAAAGUUUUGCCAAAUGAGUACGGGCAUCAAUAUUCACCAUUGUUUUUCCUGAAGUCCUCCUUUUGGUCACAACAAAAAAGGGCUAAGCAUGUGACCCUUGAAGAGGAUCUAGAUCUUGAUGCAUCAUCAUCUAAUGACUCUUUUGAACCCGUGUCUCCCGAAUUUCAUGGGAAAGAAGCCAUCAGAAUCAGAAAUGUUACAAAAGAAUAUAAAGGAAAACCUGAUAAAACAGAAGCUUUGAAAGAUCUGACAUUUGACAUAUAUAAAGGUCAAAUCACUGCAGUCCUUGGUCAUAGUGGAGCUGGAAAAUCAACUCUAUUAAACAUUCUCAGUGGACUCUCUGUUCCUACCAAAGGUUCAGUCACUAUCUAUAAUAACAAGCUUUCUGAAAUGGCUGACAGAGAAAAUGUCAUCCAGCUCACUGGAGUUUGUCCACAACUCAAUGUGCAGUUUGAUUUGCUCACAGUGAAAGAAAAUCUUUGGCUGUUUUCUAAAAUAAAAGGGAUUCAGCCCCAUGAAAUUGAUGCAGAGAUCCAAAGAGUUCUGCUGGAACUGGAUAUGAAAAAUAUUCAGCAUGUCCUUGCUAAAAACUUAAGUGGUGGACAGAAAAGAAAACUAACUUUUGGGAUUGCCACUUUAGGAGACCCUCAGAUUUUCCUGUUGGAUGAACCAACUGCUGGACUGGACCCAUUCUCAAGACAUCAAGUUUGGAACUACUUGAAGGAGCGGAAAACAGACCAUGUGAUCCUCUUUAGUACCCAGUUCAUGGAUGAGGCUGACAUCCUAGCCGAUAGGAAAGUAUUUCUCUCCAAAGGGAAGCUGAGAUGUGCAGGCUCUUCGCUGUUCCUAAAGAAGAAAUGGGGAAUUGGAUAUCACUUAAGUUUACAACUGAAUGAAGUGUGCUUUCAGGAAAAAAUAACAUUGCUUGUUAAACAGCACAUACCUGAUGCCAAAUUAUCAGCAGAAAGUAAAGGAAAACUUGUAUAUACAUUGCCACUGGAAAGAACAAGUCUAUUUCCAGACCUUUACCAGGAACUUGAUAGCCAUCCUGACCUUGGAAUUGAGAGUUAUGGUGUUUCCAUGACAACUCUGAAUGAGGUGUUCCUGAAACUAGAAGGAAAAUCAACUAUUGAUGAAUCAGAUACUACCAUUUUGAGAGAAAUGCACUCAGAACAAGCUAUAGAUGCAGAAAGGCUUGUGGAGAUGGAACAAGUUCUCUCUUCACUGAGUGAUAUGAAGACAAUAGGUGGCAUGGCUCUCUGGAGACAGCAGGUCUGCGCCAUCGCAAAGGUCCGCUUCCUAAAGUUAAAACAUGAAAGGAAGGCUCUGCUAUCACUGUUGUUAAUUCUAGCGCUUGGAUUUUGCCCUACUGUCGUGGGAUAUAUUAUCAUGAAAACACAGCAAAGCAGUUACACUUGGGAACUUUCUCCUCAUUUGUAUUUUUUGGCUCCUGGGCAACAACCACGUGAUCCCCUCACUCAGUUAUUAAUCAUCAAUAAAACAGGAGCAGGUAUUGAAGAUUUUAUACAAUCUGUGGAGCGUCAAGAUAUAGCUUUGGAGAUAGAUGUCCUUGGAAUUAGUAAUGGCCUGGAUGACCCAGCUUAUAACGGAGCCAUCAUAGUAUCUGGUGAUGAAAAGAAUUACAGUUUUUCAUUUGCAUGCAAUGCUAAAAGACUCAACUGCUUUCCGGUUCUGAUGGAUAUUGUGAGCAAUGGGUUACUUGGAAUGGCAGAAUCAUCAGCACAUAUACAGACUGACAGAAGUACAUUUUGGGAGGAGGAAGAAAGUAAUAUAGUUGAAUUCCUCGGGUACAGCUUAUUCUGGCUGAUUCUGUCAUCCAGCUGUGCUCCUUAUCUCGGCAUGAGUAGCAUCGAUGAUUAUAAGAUCAAAGUUUGGUCCCAGCUACGAACUUCGGGGCUCUUCUCUUCUGCUUACUGGUUUGGACAAGCUCUGGUGGAUAUUCCAAUUUAUUUCUUGAUGUUCCUUUUCAUGUACUUAAUGGACUCCACUUUAAACAUCUAUGACUCUCUGUUUGGAUUUAUAAAUAAAGUCAUACAAAUACCGUGUGUUCUUGGUUAUACUGCCUCACUGAUCUUCUUAACAUACGUGAUUUCAUUUAUUUUUCGUAAAGGAAGGAAAAAUAGUGGCAUCUGGUCAUUCUGCUUCUAUAUUAUCACAGUCGUAUCUCUCUGUGGACUUAUCUUGGAUCUCUUUGGAAACACCGCUUUGUAUAGCACCACAUUUUUAGUACCACAAAUCACAUUAAUUGGCUGUGUGAUCUUAGCUCAUCAUCUCCUUAUGUUUUAUGCAGAUGAAGAAUCAACUGGUGUUGAGCCCUACCUAGUAUUCCUAAUUCCUCUACUUCAUUUUAUCAUCUUUGUCUUAAUACUUCGAUGUCUAGAGUGGAAGUUUGGAAAGAAAUCUAUGAGAAAGGAUCCUGUCUUUAGAAUUUCUCCAAGAAGGAGUGAUGUACAAAAAAAUCCAGAAGAGCUAGAAGGGGAGGAUGAAGAUGUUCAGCUGGAAAGAGUGAGAAGCUUACAUGCUUUGAAUUCCACAAACUUUGAAGAGAAACCAGUCGUUAUUGCCAACUGUUUACGAAAAGAGUACACAGGGGAAAGGAAGUGGUGCUGUGCCAAGAGCAAGAAGAAAAUAGCCACAAGAAAUGUCUCUUUCUGUGUUGGAAAAGGUGAGGUGUUAGGAUUACUAGGACAUAAUGGAGCUGGCAAAACCACAUCCAUUAAAAUGAUAACUGGAGACACAGAACCAACUGCUGGACAGGUGCUAUUACAAGGGAGCAGUGAAAGGGAGCCCCUGUUCCUGGGGUAUUGUCCCCAAGAGAGCGCCUUGUGGCCCAACUUGACGGUCAAGGAGAACCUGGAGGUGUUCUCUGCCGUGAAAGGACUGAGGAAAGAGGAUGCUGCGGUCACUAUCACACGGUUGGUUGAUGCUCUUAAGCUGCAGGACCAGCUGAAGUUUCCUGUGAAGACUUUGGCUGAGGGAAUAAAGAGAAAGCUGUGCUUUGCGCUGAGCAUCCUGGGAAACCCCUCAGUGGUGCUUCUAGAUGAACCGUCCACAGGAAUGGACCCCGAGGGGCAGCAGCAGAUAUGGCAGGCGAUCCGGGCCACCUUUAAAAACACAGAGAGAGGUGCCAUCCUGACCACCCACUACAUGGCAGAGGCAGAGGCUGUGUGUGAUCGUGUGGCCAUCAUGGUGUCUGGAAAGCUGAGAUGUAUUGGUUCCAUCCAACACCUGAAAAGCAAAUUUGGUAAGGAUUACCAGCUGGAGCUGAAGGUGAAAUCUCUUGAGCAAGCAGAAAUUCUGCACACGGAAAUUCUAAAACUUUUCCCCCAGGCUGCUCGGCAGGAAAGGUUCUCCUCUCUGUUGGUCUACAAAUUGCCAGUAGAUGACGUACGGCCUUUGGCGCAAGCUUUUUUCAAAUUAGAGACAGUGAAACAGAACUUUAACCUGGAGGAGUACAGCCUCUCACAGUCCACACUGGAACAGGUUUUCCUCGAGCUCUGUAAGGAGCAGGAGCGGGAUAAUUUUGAUGAGGAACUCCAGCCCUCAGUCAAAUGGAAGCUUCUCCCACAGGAAGAACUUUAAGGCCUCAAAUACCCUGUUUCCAUUUAAGCCUGCAGUUGUUUAUGACAUUUAUUUUUAUAACAUCAGCGGCACAUUUUAAACAGUCAUAUUGUAAUCAAUUACAAGGUUCUUUGUGUGCCAGGGAAGAGGAGUCGGGACAAAGCAGAAGUGAUGACAGUGUGCAGACAGGCACUUAUCUGAGCCCACACCCUAGUCAGAGCCUCCUUCAGGCCAUGCUUAGUCCAUAUUUUCAUAUAAUGCGUAACAAGUAUCUUUUUCUUUUAUGAUAUUGUUUAAGUUUCUUUAUACAGUAAAUUUUAAUUUUUAUCGAAACCUUGAAAUAAAAUCACUUAUAAAAUACAUUUAAAAAAAACUUGAAAUACUGUUUUCUAACCUAGAUUAAGUUCAUAUAUUUAAGCUUUUGUGAGUUCACUGCUUUUGCAAAUUUUAGCAAGAAUUUAAUUGGUCAUCCCAUACUUUUUAAUGUGUUGCAUUUGAAUGUACUUUCCUACACUAAUCACAACUUCUGAUACCACUUUAUUGGGUAAUAUUACACUUGGAACCUUAUCACUUACGCAAUAAUAAUCUUAAAACCCAAAAAGUU